CUAGCCAAAUGUGAGUAUUUCAAUCCUGGUGGUUCUGUGAAAGAUCGAAUUGCCCACCGGAUUGUAGAAGAUGCUGAAAAAGCAGGAAUACUGAAACCAGGCGCUACAAUAAUUGAACCCACUUCUGGAAAUACUGGUAUUGGUCUCGCACUUGCAGCUGCUGUUAAAGGGUACCGUUGUGUGAUAGUUAUAUCCGAGAAGAUGUCAAAUGAAAAAGUGGAUGUUCUUAAAGCUCUUGGUGCCGAAGUGGUCAGAACUCCUAUCUCAGCUAGUUCCGAUUCACCUGAAGGACUAUUUGGCGUAACUAACAGACUGAAGAAUGAAAUUCCCAACUCUAUUAUUCUCGACCAAUACAGUAAUCCUGGAAAUCCUUUGGCGCAUUAUGAUACAACUGCUGAGGAAAUAUUGGAUCAAUGUGAUGGUAAAAUCGAUAUGAUUGUACUUGGUACUGGUACAGGUGGCACCAUGACAGGAAUUGGAAGAAAGAUCAAAGAAAAAUCACCAAACACAAUCGUUGUAGGUGUUGAUCCUGAAGGUUCCAUUUUAGCACUGCCUGAAGAAGUUAAUAAAACAGAAACUGAUUUUUACGAAGUAGAAGGAAUUGGCUAUGAUUUCAUACCAACUGUUUUGGACCGUAAUGUUGUUGAUGAGUGGGUUAAAAUUAACGAUCAAGAAUCUCUGCCAAUGGCUCGUAGACUCAUUAAGGAGGAAGGUCUUCUAUCUGGAGGAAGCAGUGGUGCAGUUGUUUCUGGUGCUCUCAAAGCUGCCAAAAACUUGAAGAAAAAUCAACGUGUUGUAGUUCUGUUACCUGAUAGUAUAAGAAAUUACAUCACAAAGUUUGUUUCUGAUCAUUGGAUGGAGUCAAAAAAUUUACAAGAACCUGUUAAUACACAAAAUCAUUGGUGGCGGGAUACUGCUGUUACAGAAAUCACAAUGCAACCUCUGACAACAGCUAAACAGUGUAUCCAGUGUUUCAAAGUGUUGAAAAUGAUGAAACUAAGUGGAAUUGAUCAAAUACCAAUUGUUGACAAUGAUGGUUCUCUCGUAGGUGUGGUGACUAUGCAGAAUUUACUAAAUAAACUUAUAGCAAAGAAAAUAACUGCAAGUGAUGAAAUAUCAACUAUAGUUGAGACAAUUUUCCCCAAAAUAUCUAGCUCUGGAACUUUGGGAGUUGUUUCAAGAACGUUGGAAAGGGAAUCAUUUGUGGUUGUUGUAGACAAAAACAAAGCACUUGGUAUAAUCACUGCUGUUGAUUUGUUACAAUUCAUUGCCACAGAAGAAGGUUGCCGAAGAAAAACAGAAGAGAAUAAUCAUCUGAAUAAUUGAAAGUGCAAUAAUUAAUUGAUAUUGUUGUUUCAAAAUAAAAAUGUGGAAGUUUUUAUGAAAUUUGUGACUUUCUUUUAUGUAGUUUUGACUGAAUUGAUGAUAUAAUGAUUUUUAUAAUUACUUAUUUACUAAUUUGAAUCUGAAUAUAAUUCUAUAAGAGAAAAUAUAUUGUCUGGGAUUAGUUUCCAAUAUAGAUAAUUGUUCGAAAAUAAAUAAUUUAU